AUGGGCGUAUCUUGGAGCCAAUGCCAAGUCUUGGAUAGGCAACUUUCUCCCUCCAGCCUGAAGACGAAUGUUGGCCAAGGAGGAAGAUUCACUCGACUGGCCUACGGAGUAAUCUGCCGCAACAAUGCAACUCCACAGGCAUGGCCGUAA